GGCCUAUAGCACAGCUCACAGCAGUGCUGGAUCCCCGACCCACUGAGCGAGAUCAGGGAUCGAACCCACAUCCUCAUAGAUCCUAGUCAGAUUCUAUUAUGCUGUGCCACAACGGAACUCCCUAGACAACCUUCUAAUAAGGAAGGUUAUAACUACAAUGUUUUUUAACUUGCUCAAGAACAUAGAAAAAGACAAAAAAUUUUCUUGUUUUUUGAAGUAUUAACACCUAAUUUUGACAAAGUAUACACACACACACACAAAACUCUAGACAUUCUCAAAAUACAAAAAUUCUAACUAAGAGUGAGUGUAACUCAGCCACACCUUAGAAGAAUAACAAUUAAUGACCAAGUUGUUUUUAACCCCAGUGUUAUAAGAUGCGUAUAGUAUCAGGAAAUAUUAAAUAGUUAUAGUACAUGUUUUUAAAAAAUACAAAAGAGAAAAUGAUCAUUUCUCUAGAAGCUGAAAAAGAAUUUGGUAAAAUUAGCCAUCAAUUCUGAGUUUCUUUGUUAAAAAAAAAAACCCUCUUGGUAAAGUAGGAAUUACUUCAUACUUCCUCAACAUAAUAGAGAAGGCAGCAUUAUUCCUGCCAUUGACUUCAAACAGGAGUAGCAGUGGUUGUUAUUAUUAACAUUGUUCCAGCAGUUCUGGCCAAUUCAAAUAGGAAAAGUAAAGACGCGUAAAGAAAUUAGAAAGGGGAAAUCAUCAAUCUCGAUAGAUAUGGUGCCACCUAAAAUAUGUCGGAGUGAAAUGUCAAUGUUACCCACGUGUGUCUUAUAAAAUAUUCUCGUACGUAUAGAUACAUAGGCAUCUGGCACUCUGUAGGUGACACCAAGGCGCUGCUGGACCCGUGGGUGAAAGCAUUUUAAAGGUUAUCUGCACCUUCUGACUGGGGAAAGAUGGUCAGCAUCUUGAAAGGAGUGCUUAUAGAAUGCGACCCUGCCAUGAAGCAGUUUUUCCUGUACUUGGAUGAGUCCAGCGCCCUGAAAUUCAUCAUUCAAGACAUUGAUGACACGCAGGUCUUCGUAAUAUCAGAGUUGGUUAAUAUUCUCCAGGAGCAAGUAGGUGAAUUGAUGGACCAAAGUGCCUUUUCUCUUACCCAGAAGUGAGAAUAUUAGAUAUUGACCAUUUAGGAAUUUAAAGCAACAAAUGUGACAGACUAUCACCAUUCAGUAUCUUAUGUAACUGGUUAGAUUUACAGAAUUGCUUGGAAGUGGGUGACAGGCAAGACUGUGGUAUCUUUUUUUUUUUUUCCUCAUAAAAAAAGCCCCCUGGAACUGACUAU